AUGGAUCGCAAUCCACCUCCGUGUCCCGCAUGCUUCAUCUGGCCGGUUCCCUUCAUAUCGGGCCGUGAUACGCUUCUUUCAGCCCCUAGAGUUUGGUGGAGUGUACAUUCACCUCAGAUUGACCUGGCGGAGUCUCAUGAGCAAGUUGCCGAGCUGAAAAAGACGGUCGGCGGCAUAUUGGGGGCCCCACCAGAAAGUGUCUUGGGAGUUUCAGCGAAGACGGGAGAAGGCAUAGAUGAGCUGCUGGAGGCGAUAGUGCAGCGGCUGCCACCGCCUGCAGUGAAAGACAGUUCGAGGACUCCACUUAAGGCUUUGGUAUUUGACAGUUUCUAUGACGCUGCUAAGGGGGUGGUCUUAGUUGCAGUCAUCCGAGUCGGGUACAUCUGCAGUAAUUUACGGGGGGCUUCAGAUAUCCAUGUGGGAGACACUCUCUGUCUCUCCCAGUCUCCAACAUUGCCUUUGCCGGGAUUCGAACCACCCAAGCGCCUAGUCUACGCUGGGGUGUAUCCGGAGGACCCUAGCGAGUACGAGAAGCUGAAGGUGUCUCUGCAGCGCCUUAUGCUGACCGAUGCCGCAGUAGAAGCGCAACCGGCUUCCUCACAGGCACUGGGCCCGGGCUUCCGCUGUGGCUUCUUGGGCACCCUGCACAUGGAGGUGGUUCACCAGCGACUCGAGGCGGAAUUCGGGCAGCGUACAGUACUAACGUCUCCUGGAGUUACAUUUUUCCUCGAGAUGCCUGAUGGGCGCCGCCUUCCCGUCGGAAGGCCUGCGGAGCUACCAAAGGGCUGCCGCGAGCUUCUGGAGCCAAUGGCAAAUCUCACUGUUGUUGCACCAAUGGAGUGCAUGGCUGCUAUAGACCGACUUGCGUUUUCCCGGAGAGGCGAGCGUCUCGAGUGUCGCAUCCUGCAGCAGCAACAACAGCAGCAAGUGAUGCCGAAACGCUGUCAUGCAGCUGUUGUCCAUCUGGUGUACAAGCUCCCGCUGGCGGAGAUCCUCGUGGACUUCGCCGACAAGCUUCAGAGCGUGACGAGCGGGUACGAGCUGUCGAGAGUGGAGAGUGUUGGCUUCUUGGUGAAUGGUGAACCUGUAGACGUCAUGGGCCUUCUUGUGCAUCAUUCCAAAGCCAAAGAAGUGGCGGUUCGUCUGACGGAGGAGCUAGGAAAGGCUAUUCCACCCCAGCAGUUUGAAGUUGCGGUUCAAGGAACGGUGGGAGGGCGAAUUGUAGCGCGUUCCACAGUAAGGGCCCUGCGGAAGGAUGUGACAGCCAAGUGCUAUGGGGGCGACGUCACACGGAAACUGAAGCUACUCAGCAAGCAAAAGGCAGGAAAGAAGAGAAUGAGAGCAAUCGGAAAUGUCUCUAUCCCCCCGAAGGCCUUCUUAGGCCUCCUCAAACUGAAAGACUGA